GAUACGGCUGCGUGCUCGAUACGUGCGGCGAAGCUUCAGUGUCAUAAGAAACAUCACUACUAAUGUCUAGAUAGGCCGCCUAUUAGGUUUCGAAACGCAACCGAUAUUUAGUAAGAGGUCCGUCCGUAAACAGAUCCGUCCGAAAUACUGACUGGCGCAAAUUCAUCGUGUCAUGCAUUCAUCUUAGAUUCAAACAGCCUGUACCUCGACGUUCUGACACGCCUACAGGGAAGCGAAGUCUUAUUUUUUUUUAUUUAAUCUACAUUUAGACCAAACUGUCGUCGAUCUAAAGCGACCGUGCGCGGUUUGAGAGGUUGUAUUCGGGUUUGAUCGGUGCGAUGGCGGAGGUUUCAGGUACAUCGAGUGAGACGAUAACGGAGACCGUUCAGACUGGCACACCGCCGCCUCCCCAGCAGGAGGGCAGAAGCCUGACCAUCAAGCUCAGGAAAAGGAAGACCGAGAAGAAAGUGGAGUGGUCCAGUGACACAGUGGACAAUGAACAUCUGGGCAGGAGGUCUUCAAAGUGUUGCUGUGUUUACGAGAAGCCUCGACAGUUUGGUGAGUCCUCCUCGGAAAGUGAAGGAGAUGACGAGGAAGGCUGUGGAAGUGCACAUUGCAUUCUUGGACAUGGAAGAGGAGGCCAUGGACAGAGAGAGGGUGGGGGGAGCACGGUGCCCCCCAGCUCUGGGGGAACAAACCCUCACUAAUCGUUUAUGAGGAUGGGAGAGUUUAUUUGGAGGGUAAUGGGCAGAGUGGGCACUACAUUCAUAAUCCUUCAUCCUCACUCACACUGAAUUACAUUACACCACGCCAUCAUUGGGUGUCAAAAGCUUUUCGAUGAAUGAAAGCUUGUAGAGAAAUGUGAUUAGUUUUCUCUGCAGUCAUUAAUAUGAUGACUAUGGGAAGACUAAAGGUUUUAUUUUAUUUUACAAUCUGACUGCUGCAGAAAAUUUGAAUUUGUUGUACAUAGACAUUGGUUUUAUUUCUUUUUGUAAACUCCGUAUAUUUAUUUGUUUGUCUUUAACAAUCUUACCAGUUCUGUGUCCACAAACAAAGGCCUCUUUUAUGAUGCCAGAUUGAAUGAAUUAGAAACCUAGCAGAACAUAAAGGAAUGUUCAGGGUUCAAUACAAGUUAAGCUCAAUCGACAGCAUGUGUGGCAUAAUUUUGAUUACAACAGAAUAAUUUAGACUCGUCCUUCGUUUAUUUAAAAAAGAAGCAAAAAUUGUGCUUACAGUGAGGCACUUACAAUGGAAGUGAAUGGGGCCAGUCCGUAAAUAUUAAAAAUGCACAUUGUUUCAAAAGUUUAGCCAGAAGACAUAAACGUUAUGUAUGUUAACAUGAUUUUAGUGUGAUAAAAUCACUUACCAGGAUCACAGGUUUACCAAAGGUACGUUGUCAUGAAAACAAAGUUGUAAUAUGAGUUAUAACUUUACACAGAAAAGGUUAGGAAGUGGUUUUAUCACACUAAAAUCAUGUUAACACACACAUAUUGUUUACGUCUUGUGGCUAUACUUUUGAAAUAGUGAGUAUUUUAAUGUUUAUGGAUUGGCCCCAUUUACUUCCAUUGUAAGUGCCUCACUUUUAUUAAAUUAAGUGUGGAAUGAUUAGAAAUUAUUUUCGUGACUAUCAACAUUAUGCCACUAAUGCUGCUGAUCGAGCUUGUAUUGAAUGCUUAUACCUUCUUGUUAAAUCAAAACUUUUAAAAGGAAUCGCAGUUGAACAAAAUGAGGUAUAAAAGGUAAUUUGCCUCGUUGUGUCACAAUUCUAGCAACAGUAUUGCUUCAUAUCACUUGAUCACUUGGGAAAAUUCAACUGUAACUAUGUAUUGUUUGCUAUAGUGAAUACUUAAGUUGAAAAUGAAAAAAAAAAAAUAUAUAUAUAUAUAUAUAUGAGACUUUACUCCGAUCCCUUUGAAUAUUUUUAUAUGGCACAUUAAAUCAUCUCCAUAAGUCAUCACAAGUUUGAUCGAGUAAUAAAGCUAUGUUCAGAAUUCAAUACUGCACAGUAGACACUGUGUACUGAAUACUGUUUUUUUUUUUUUUUUUAAAUAGUAAGUGAAAAAACCACUUUGAACGAAGGUAUGCUACAUUGUUGUCCCAUGACCUCCAGUUAUCUUCUUGGACAUAAUAUUUUUAUUUUCCAUAUUCAAUUGUAUUUUCUGUAAAAAUAUCUUGACUUUUGCCAGUCAGAGCGAUAAUACAGCGUGCUUUGUUGUAUAAGGUGCACUAUGGCGAAUGAAAACUGUGAACCGGAUAUACAGUUUGUACCUGCAGAGAUAGUAAGACUAGUAUGUUAGUAUGCUAUUCUGCUAUGCUAGUGAGACUGACUUCCCUUAGACAAUCAGACAAAUAUAUUACAAUUAAUAAAAGACUCAGUAUGUACAUAGAAAAACAUUGAUGUUUAAAAUGUUACUAUCUGUCAGUUGUGGAGGGAUACAUAUCAAAAGCACUGAAAAUCAUCUCCAGUUCUAUUUUCUCCAUGUGGUAAUGUGUUUUAAAAGUGAAAAGAUCAUUGUCCCUAUGCAAGGAUGUCUUACGAUAGAUGGGCAGAAAUGAUAAUAAACCACAGGUUUAAUCUCACAAUAUAUAUAAACGGUUGGAAUCGGCAUACAAGUAUUUGGACACUUAAUUACAACUGAAAGUGGGAAAGGUGUAUGCUAUCAGGAGCAUGAUAUGAUGUGAGAUUUAAAGUGUAAACUGACAAUACGUGGUGGUAGUGGUGGUGGACCGUGUUGUAUAAAGAUCACAGGAAAGUGCAUGGCUGAAUGCUAGCCAAGACCAAAAUUCACUUCUUAUUUCCUUUGCGGUCCCACAUAUUUAAUUUCAGUUUACAGUUCAUUCCCACAUUGAACUGUAUUUCAGCAUUCACAUACAUCUGUUAUUAAAUGCAUCUGUAUGUACAUAUAGUAAAAGUUAUAGAGCGGAUUUAACAUGAACAGAUGUUAAUGUUGUUUAUAUCUAUUAAAUGCUUCAACAAUGGCAACCUAA